GACACACCCUCCUUCUAAUUCUCUCCUUCCCUCCCACCUCUAUUGCUUCUUCCUCUCUCCCUCUUCCAGGCAGAGCUUCAUUCGUGUAGACUGACCAGAGUCCACGAACACAGCCUGCCUUUCGGCUCUUCUACCAGAGGGAAAUUCAAGUUCCCCACCACUCUGUCACAGGCACAGGAUUCAUACCGUCGGCGAAAUAAGGCAUUCCUCUCCCAACCACAUUCCAGCCACUCUUCGUUGAGACAUGUCCCUCUACAACUUUGGGUUAGAGCCGUUGUCCUGUCACGCCUGGAACAAAGACAGAACGCAAAUUGCGGUGAGUCCUAAUAGCAGUGUGGCGUACAUUUACCAGAAGAACGGCAAGGAGUGGAGUAAGAUUCAUGAGCUAACUGAACACAGUGGGCGUAUCACAGGUAUCGACUGGGCCGCGGAGUCCAACCGCAUUGUGACUUGUGCUUCGGACAGGAACGCCUACGUGUGGACCCUAAAGGAUGGGGUCUGGAAGCCCACUCUGGUUCUGGUCCGUAUUAACCGGGCCGCCACAUGUGUCAAGUGGUCUCCUCUGGAAAACAAGUUUGCCCUGGGAAGCGGGGCUAAGCUUAUCUCUGUGUGUUACUUUGAGAAAGAGAAUGACUGGUGGCUCAGCAAGCACAUUAAGAAGCCCAUCAGCUCCACGGUCCUGAGUCUUGACUGGCAUCCCAACAACAUCCUACUGGCCGCUGGCUCAGCUGAUCUCCAUUGCAGGGUGUUCUCAGCCUACAUCAAAGACAUUGAGGACAAGCCUGGACCCACCCCUUGGGGAGCGAAGAUGCCUUUCGGGGAGGUGCUGCUGGAGCACAAAGACUGCGGAGGUUGGGUGCACAGUGUGUGCUUCUCCCCCUCAGGAGACAGCUUGGCCUGGGUUAGCCACAACAGCAGCAUUAGCGUGGCCGACGCCCCACAAGGAAAAGAGGUCACACAGCUGACCACCGACCAUCUACCAUUGACGAGUGUGCUUCACGUGAAUGAGACUGAAAUCGUGGCCGCGGGUCAUGACUGUUGCCCUUACCAGUUCUCGUACAAGGGACCAGGGGAGCUGGAGUUCGUGAAGAAGCUGGACAUCCCGAAGCAGACCUCCAAGAGCAGCGUGUCAGCCAUGCAGCACUUCCGCAACCUGGACAAGAAAGCAACGACUGAGGAGGAUGACAGUGAGCUGGGCACCUUGCACCAGAACAGCAUUACGCAGCUGCAAAUUGUGGAGGGAGCGAAGUCUAAAGUGGAGAAAUUUAGUAGUGUUGGCCUGGAUGGAGCCAUGGUACUCUGGACCUUCAAGCACUGAGCGAAUGAACGCUGAUUGGUGAUGAUGCUAUUUCACUGCUCCAGGCGUCCAUCUUUCUUGUGAAGAGAAACCCAAGUAAUCAUUUAAAAGGAUGUAAAAAAAAAAAAAAAAAAAAAAAGGAAACUCUUCUCACUGACGUGAUUUUUGUACCUUUUUCAUAAAUGCAAGAUUGUUUUAAACAAUAAACUAUUCUACACACCA